CUCACGUCUUACUAGCUUCGUACUUCAGUCAGUCGCAUUCCAUUCCUCAGGCUACGGUAUUCGAUUGGUUGAAACAGUGACGUCACCUAUGGAACUGCUCAUGAUAAUAUGGUAUUCAACAUGGCUGUGCAGUUAGUGUUCUGUGUUGUGUGUGUUAGUUAAAGUGGUUUUAUAUGAAUUUUAUAACGGAUAAUGCCUCGAAAACGAAAUGGUGAGAUACCUUUACCAGAAGGUUGGGACUAUGGCCAGGAUUACGACGGCAAAAUCUAUUUCAUAGACCAUAUUUCUAAGAAAACAACUUGGAUAGAUCCCAGAGACAGGUUCACCAAGCCACAAACGUUCGCAGACUGUAGGGGAAACGAAUUACCUUUAGGAUGGGAAGAAGCAUAUGACAAACAAAUAGGACAAUAUUAUAUAAACCACAUGACACAAAGCACCCAACUAGAAGAUCCUAGAUUAGAAUGGCGGUCUGUACAAGAGGCGAUGCUACGAGAGUACCUGCAAACAGCUCAAGAUGUCUUAGAGGCCAAAAAAGAUAUAUAUCAAGUAAAGUCCCAGAGGCUGAUGUUAGCUCAAGAUGAGUAUGAACUUCUAACAAACGCUUUAGCAACACUGAACACUUCUAGAACAAGCUUAUGUUCGUCAUCUAGCAGUCUCAGUACCAAAUACGAUCCUGACUUAUUAAAGUCCGAUGUAGCCAUGGCAAAAAAUAGGGUAUCUAGAUUAAAGUCAGAACUGGAACAGAUACGAAAUGAGAUGUCGUACACCCAAAGAGGAGUGGAUACACUCACCAGCGUGGAACAAAAGUUGAGCUCUCAACAGGGAACUUGUUACAAUCUGGGAGAAGCUCAGGCCAUCAUGGCGGAAUUGCGAAAUAUCCAAAUGUCCCUUUCUUCGGGAGAAAAAGAGAAACAAGAACUGAUGCAGUCGCUCGCAAAAUUAAAGGACGAUCUAACACGACUACAACUAUCUGAAAGUUCUCCUGAUGUGUCUACCCUGAGCCUUCCCCAAGAAAAAUUGAGCACAGCUUCACAAACCGACUUGUGUUGUGAAUCUGUACCUAUAGGGACCAGAUUAGCGGAAAUGGCGAAAAUGAGACUGGAAUAUGACGAAGCAAGGAAGAGGGUGCAGCAUAUUCAACAGAAACUAGCGGAUUUGGAGGAGAAGGUGCAGCCGGGACAAGUGGAAUCAGAUAAAGAUAGAUUACUGUUGUUCCAAGAGAAAGAACAACUGUUGAGAGAAUUGAGGAGCAUUACACCUAGAAUGAGAUCCAAAGAAGAGAUGUAUGAUAUACAGAAUGAAUGUAAAAAAUUAGAACAAGAUUUAAACAAAGCUCUGGAGGUGUCCAAUAGAGCGAUAGCUGAUAGAUUGAAAUUGCACGAAGAAAAACAAUUACUUCUGCAGCAGCUGAAAGACGGUCUUAGAACAAUGACCCAUUUAGAAUCGCAACUGAAGACUUUAUCUGCAAGCACCUUAUCGGUCAGUAGUAGUUCUAGCUUGGGAUCGCUUUCUACCACCAGUAGCAAAGGGUCUCUUAGCUCCGGACUUAGUUUCACAGAUAUUUACGGCGGGCCCCAAACUACCGGAUCUCAAAAUUUAGGUAAACCAAUUGACAUGGCGGAUUUACACAGGAGAGUGGAAAGGCUGUUGAAAAAUAGUGAUAACUCUCCUCAUACACAUUCACCGGGCAGGAGUCAACCUUCCUUAUCACCAAGAAGUUCAUUAUCCUCAGUAUCACCACCAGUAUCUCCUAUGUAUGAGAACUUGCCUUUAACUUGUGCGCCUCCAAGUUAUGAACAAGUAGAACGAGAUAGGAGAUUGCAGUCGGAACAAAGUCUAAACGAAAAACUGAUGGAACUGAGGCUAUCAAAUCCGUACUUGAACAGUUCCUCCCAAGAAUUCUCGAACAUUCAAAGAGUGCCAAUACCUAAUUUGUCCCCACUAACUGAUCUCCUGGAACAGCAAGCGAACAACAUGUCUCAAGGCUCUGGGCUUGGAAGGCCUCCGAGAUAUUCCUUGGAAUUCACGGGCGAUCCACCCUUAUCUCCGAUUUCCGAGACUCCUCCACCAAUUAUCGAUCAUGACGAGCUGCUCCAAGGAACGACCCUGUCAAGGACCUCCUCGUCCGGUACCAAUACUAGGUCUGUGAGUGCAGCGGUCAGUGAUGAGUCGGUAGCUGGUGAUUCGGGAGUGUUUGAGGCGUCUAAUAAAAAGAGGAACUCAAUUUUCGGACCUGAACUAGAUGCAGACACUGCGCAAGUGCAGAUCAAGCUUAAAUAUGUCACUGGCGAUAACAUCUUAAACGUUUGCGUGGAACGAGCCAGGAAUCUAGCUGCUCUUUGCAUGGAGGAAAAUUCCCAGGUAUGCAUCAAAACAGCUCUCCUUCCUGCCAGCACACCUUACCCUUCAGUUUACUGCACAACCUUCGUCCGCGACUUGAGGAAGCCAAUUUUUGGUGACGUGUUCAAUUUACCUGUACCUGCCAAUAAAAUAAACACCAAAACAUUGCAAGUAAACGUAUGGAAUACGGUUGAAGGACAACAAGAGAAAUGCGUGGGUUGUGCACAAGUCAGCUUGGCAGACUUCAAUGUACAGAGUGUCUCCCAAAGAUGGUACAAUAUCCUCAGUCUUCAAUUAUUCGACCCUUCGAUCAGUUCAUACCAUAACAAACAAGAAUCGGAUAUCUCCAUUGGUAAAAAUGAAGAACUCACUAAUAAACAGGUUGGAGUGAAAGAAGAGAGUUCUGAUGAUUCCACAAUAAUCUCAUCACAAACGUCCACCCUAACCAGGAACCAAGAUGGCGUUUGUUUUCAGCCACCCAAUUUCAACCUCGAUUUUGAAGAGUUGGUGAACUGCUUGGGCAAUACUGAAGAAUAUAGUGAUGAUUCUGAAGAUGAUGAAGAGGAAGGGAUAACUGUUGCGUUUGGAAAUAACGAUGGGUUAGAGGUAGUAUUAGAGCAUUGUGAUGGGGAGGAUGAUGAUCAUGAGGAAGAAGAGGAAAAAUAUCACGAUAAGGAAACGAAUACGGAAUGUGCUUUCUAUCCGGAACAUGCAAAACAAAUGAAAUUGGCAGCAAGUACCGGUGUCAGUGCUAUGGAAGAUAGAGGUGCAAUCAAAAGAUCACAGACUUUUUCGCCCAGUGCGCAUAUUUCUAAAAAUCAAUAUAUUUGUAAAUUGAAUCGAAGUGACAGUGAUAGUGCAAUGCCUCUCUAUAGAAGAGGAAGCAAACCAUUCGAGAGAAAUGCGGUGGAGCGAAGAUCUUUGAGGUUUAGACGUGGACCGGGGUCGAUGGCUCUGUUGACAUCGAGCAAAUCUCAUUCUCACCUGCCAACAACCGCCAGAACUUCGUUAGAUCUAGAAUUGGACAGGCAGGCGCAACACACUAGGUUAGAAAUGCUGAAUAGCGAAGUUACGCGGCUCAGAGAUCUAAAGACAAGACUGGAACAUGCGAAGGAGAAGGGCGACUCUGAACUGGCUUCAUAUUUAUUGGAAGAUCAACAUUUUCAGGACAUGAUAUCUCAAGCGGAAAGUUCGAAAAUGACCAGAACAGACGAAGAGAAAAAAGUUGAAAAAAUGUUGCGGAAAGUGUCUAAGGAAAUAUAUAAACUCAGGAAAACAAAAGCAGGAAAUGGAAAGCCUGACUUGAUUUCUUUCAAAGAAAAAAUGGCCUUUUUCACUAGAGUGAACACCAAUGUGCCUUUCUUGCCUUCAGAUGAGUGCCAUUUAGAUAGGCUUCUAUCAAAGCAAGUAGAAGAGGAAAAAUCCCAGUGCCCAAUAGAAAAUGUAAAUAGAAUUAAUGAUAAUGAAACGAACUUGAAAGAAUCCUCUGAGAGAUACGACUAUGUUAUUGAUCGUGUUAUGGGUGUGGAGGUGUAACGCAAACUGAUUUAAAUGUAUGUUUUGUACUUUUCUUGUUAUUGUUUCUAUGAGAUGCCACUAUGUAUUGUUUUGAUGUCCAGUGCUCUGGUACCGAUUUUAUCAAUGUAUUCAUUGAGUUAACAGUGAAAAGAGCUGUGAGUUUGAUGCUGAUGCUAAAAAUUUUACACAACCAGAAUUGAUUCAAUAGUUUUUUUGACUGUUUUUUUUUUAAUUCAGUGUAUAUUGAAUCAAAUUUUUUCAUUCCAAGUAAGUCAUCCAUUCUUAUAAAAAUGUAAUUGCAAUGUUCCCAUAUGUUGUGGACAGUAGUAGGUUUCAUGAAACUUUCAAGCGAGCAUAGUUUUUGUGUUCAAGUGAGUAUUAAGAAAUUAAAAUUAAGGAUUAUUAAAACGGUAAUAAUAGUAGAGAAAACAGGAGUAUUUGUUGAUAAUACAAAUUGUUUUCUCUUCUAAUCUACCAUUAACAGUACAGUUGAGAAAAUAACUUCAUGAAUAAAUUUUAAUUUUUUUCCAUCAAUUCAUCAACAAAAGCAUUAUUUUAAUUGAAUUUACUUUCAGUCUGGGACGAUGAAUGUUGUUUAGAAUGGCGCUUAAGUUGACGAAAUUGUAACAGGAUAAAUAUUUUAAUUUUAUCUUGCAAUAUUUUCUUGCAUCAAGGGUGGUCUUGAAGAUGGUAUUUUAUUAAUUUACUAUUGCUUUUCCUAGAGAUUAUCAUUCAAUUUCAAAAGAAUUUCAUUUAUUUCAUUGAUUAAACAUGAAAAGCAACUGAAAAUUGAGAUCAUCUUCAUAGUUUUGAAAUGUGUCUUAACCAAAGAAGUGUCUUGAGUCUUUGUGAUUAGAAAAAUCAUCAAAGGAGUAUUCCUUUUAUAUUUUAUUUCGCCCAAAAUUUCAUUGUGAAGAUUCAAGUUGUUAAUAAUUAAUUUUUUCAUACAUUAGUUUUCUGGAGUACAAAAGUGGCAACUCCAAAUGAAAUAUUGUUAAUUAUUGUGCCUUACUUAAUGUCACUGGCAAGUUGAGUAUAAUGGGAGUCUAUUGUGAUUGUGUGCCUUCAGAUCUGAUUAUAUCAUGAAUAAUAUGUGAUUAUAAUACUCAAAGUGCUUGAAAUAUCCCUUAACUGGACAAAUGCAGUUGAACUUUUUUGUAUGUCUGUUUUUGUAAUUUACAUGUUUCAUACAAUAUUUUAGUACAAUUUUUCAAUCUUUGUUACCAUACUCUUUUUUAGUUAUUUAAUGUAAAGAAUUAUUUAUGAAUGAUUUCACAUAAAGCUUGAUCUUUUUCCUGGAACUUUUCCAACUAUAUUAGUUGGUGUUAUAUUAUUAUAGAAAUUAUUUUGCGAUGGUUCUUCGUGAAUUUUUUCUACCUGUAUAUUGUGUAAAUAUUCGAGAUAUUUUACUUUUCUUAUAUAUAUUGUACAUAAUAUAAAUAUAUAUGACAUGUUUUAGAAACAUGAAUAUGUUCUGAAUAAAGAUGAAAAAUAUAUUAUAUGGUUCAAAUAA